GGAAAAAGGAAACAAAAUAUUCCGUUCCGUUCCGUUCUGCUCUGCUCUGCUCGAUCGGCUCCCCCUCCACAUCGUAAAACCCAGACCAGACCCGUCGCGAGGGAGAGGAGGAGGAGGAAGCAUGGGAGAGGAGACCCUCGUGGCCAUGCCCCUCGCGCCCCACGUCCACCUCCCGCCCCACCACCUCGCCUCACCGCCGGAUCCAACCGCCGCCAAGCACCGCCACGACGAUCCGCCUCACGCCGGCGAGGAGAAGGACGUCUACUACGCGCGGAAGAUGAUGCAGGGCGUGGUGCUGCGCCCGCCCGCGCACCUCCCGCAGCCCGAGGCGCCGCCGGGGCUGGCCAGGGCGGCCUCCGCGCCGGCCCCCAACGGCCACCACGACGACGACCAGGAGCCGCACCACUUCGACCGCUCCGCCUCCGCCAACUCCUCCGUCGCGGCGGACGUGGCCUCCAUCGGCCGGUUCCUCCGCGACCGCCGCGACGUGCUCUCCUCCGCCAUCACCCGCCGCAUCUCCUCCCUCAAGGACCCCACCACCACCCCACCCACCGACAGCACGUCCUUCCACGGCGGCGUGCAGGAGAUCCACCUGCCCAACGUCAAGGUCACGGUGCGCCUCAAGGAGGCCAUCGCCGCCGACGCCGCGGAGGACGACGACGCCUACUCCUCCUCCUCCUCCUCCUUUUCCCGCAUCAAGGGCCGGGUCAGCUUCUUCUCCCGCUCGGGCUGCCGCGACUGCGCGGCCGUGCGCGCCUUCCUCCGCCACUCGGCCCUCCCCUACGUCGAGAUCAACCUCGACGUCUUCCCGGAGCGCGAGCCGGACCUUGCCUCCCGCGCCGGCGCCGCCGCGCGCGUGCCCCAGAUCUUCCUCAACGACAAGCUCCUCGGCGGCCUCGUCGUGCUCAACUCCCUGCGCAACAGCGGCGAGUUCGACCGCCGCGUGCGCGAGCUCGCCGGCAGGCGCUGCCCCGACGCGGCCCCAAGGGUGCCCGUGUACGGGUUCGACGCCGUGGACGACGUGGGUGACGAGGAGGACGGCAUGGUCGGCAUCGUGAGGGUGCUCAGGCACAGGCUGCCGAUACAGGACCGGUUCGCCAGGGUCAAGCUCGUCAAGAACUGCUUCUCCGGCGCCGACAUGGUCGACGGCAUCGUCAACCACCUCGAAUGCAGCAGGAAGAAGGCUGUGGAGAUCGGCAAAGAACUCGCCAGGAAGCACUUCAUACACCACGUCUUCAGGGAGAACGAUUUCGAGGACGGCGCGCAGAACCUGUACCGCUUCCUGGAGCACGACCCGGCCGUGCCCAAGUACCACAACUUCAGGGGCUCCACCAACGACGGCGAGCCCAGGCCGGCCGCCGCCGUCGGGCAGCGGAUGACCAGGAUCAUGGUGGCCAUCCUCGAGGCCUACGCCUCCGACGACCGCCGCCGCAUCGACUACGCGCGCGUCGCCGCCAGCGAGGAGUUCCGGAGGUACGCCAACCUGGCGCGCGACCUGCAGCGGGUGGACGUCUUCGCGCUGCCCGCCGGGGAGCGCCUCCCGUUCUUCCUCAACCUGCACAACGCGAUGGCCAUCCACGCCGUCAUCAGGAACGGCGGCCAGCCCAGCGUGGCGGGCGUUGUUGAUCGGCGGUCAUUCUUCGCCGACUUCCAGUACGUCGUUGGCGGGUACCCAUACUCUCUGACGACCAUCAAGAACGGCAUCCUCCGGGCAAACCGCAGGCAGCCCUACACCAUCGUCAGGCCCUUCGGCAACGCCGACAAAAGGCUCGAGCUGGCGGAGAGGCAGGUGAACCCGCUGGUGCACUUCGCGCUGUGCAACGCCACGCGGUCCAGCCCCACCGUGCGCUUCUUCUCCACGCAGGGCGUCGAGCCGGAGCUCCGGCACGCCGCCAGGGAGUUCCUCCUCGAUGGCGGCGUCGAGAUCGACAUCGAGACCCGGACCGUACACCUCACCAGGAUCAUCAAAUGGUACAGUGCAGACUUCGGGCAGGACAGGGACAUCCUCCGGUGGAUCCUCAACUACCUGGACCCGACCAAAGCAGGGCUCCUCACGCAUAUCCUCAACGACGGCGGGCCGAUCAGUAUCGCGUACCAGGACUACGACUGGUCCUUGAACGCCUGAACUGAAUUCGUCUGGACUCAGCAACGAUAUGGCGACGAUAGGUGGACCUAGCAGUGGCGGCAUGCGUGUGCUGAGCUUAAGCUGUGCUAGUGGUAUUAUUUUCUCUUUGGUUUUUGGCAAAUGGUCGACGGAAGAGAAUUAUAGAUAGCCACAGCUGCCACGAGUGGCGUUCAUGUACUUACCUAGAGCAAGUCUGAAUGUGUAAAUAUAUAUGUACUGUGAGCAUGUUGAGUGGUUUCCUCCA